AUGGAAUUGGAAAGUGAUGAUAUUUCUCAACCACCAAAUCAAACUCAAAGUGUUGGAUCUUCUCAACCAUCUACAACGUCAACUACAAUAAAAAGAAAGUCCAAUGAUGUAGGUUGGGACUAUGGGGUACUUAAUGAUCCUACUAAGUCAUCAGACAAGAUUAAAUGUCUAUUGUGCAAGAAAGUAAUGUCUGGUGGGGUUUAUCGGAUCAAAGAGCAUAUUGCCGGUAUUUCAGGGAAUGUUAGCAAAUGCCCCAUAGCUUCAAAAGAAGAUCAAAUAAAAUCUAGAGAUGCUCUCAUUAUGGCGAAGAACAAAGAAAAGAACAAGAGAGCUGAAGAACUUAAUAUAAGAGCGGAGGUAAACAUUGGUUCGCAUGAGAGUUUGAGUAAUACGCCUACAAAUAGUAUUGAUGUUGAUGAGUUGCAAGAGUCUGAACAAAUGAGGCCACCUCGUCCAAUUGGCCCUAUGGAUAAGUUUGCUAACCAAAUCAAUCCUGAAAUUUCUUUGAGUUCAAGAAGGGGCCCGGCGCAACAACGUAUAAUUGAGGCAUUUGACAAGGAGAGGGUGAAUCGAGUGAAAGAGUACAUAUGUAGAUGGGCGUAUGAAGCAGCUGUUCCAUUUCAUGUUCUUGAGAAAGAUAGCUUCAAGUUGAUGAUUGAAGCUGCUGGUCAAUUCGGUCCGGGAGUGCAGACACCAAAUAGAUAUGAACUGAGUGAAACAUAUUUGAAUAAAGAGGUUGAUCGCGUCAAGGACAAAUGUUCAAGUGAGGCACACACAAGUCAGUUUAUAUUUGAAUAUGUGGAGCAUGGGAUUGAACAAGUUGGAGAGAACAAUGUUGUACAAAUUGUCACAGAUAAUGCCAUAAACAACAUGGGAGCGGCUAAAUUGUUGAAGGAGAAGAGGCCACGACUAUUUUGGACAUGUUGUGCAACUCAUUCCAUCAAUCUAAUGCUUGAAAGCAUUGCAGGUUUACCCCGGUUCAAAAAAGUUCUUGAUCAAGCAAAGAGCUUAACUAUCUUUAUCUAUGCACACCACAAAACAUUGACAAUGAUGAGAACCUAUACAAAGAAACGUGACAUAAUUAGGCCAGGUGUGACUAGGUUUGCUUCUGCAUUUUUAAUUUUGCAGAGUUUACUUGCUAAGAAAAUUGAAUUAAGGGCUAUGUUAACAAGCAAUGAAUGGGAGGAAUGUAAGUUUGCCAACACAGUUAAAGGGAAAGCUUCCUAUGUUACUGUCUUGAAUACUUCAUUUUGGCAAGGGGUUACAUUAUGCUUGAAUGUUUUUUGCACCGUUGGUGAAGGUGCUUCGUAUUGUUGA